AUGAAAGAAAGACAAAGAGAUAUGGAUAAUAUUCCACAAAUAAGGGAGGAUGUGGAAGUAAUUGAUAAUGUACAACAAAUAGUUGUAGGAAAGCAACCACCAUUACUACAACAACAAAAUGAAGAUAGGAAUAUGGAUCCGCAAGAUUUUACAAGAUGUUCUAUUUGUAAUACACCUUUAAGAGAAGCUAUGAAUGGUAAUCCAGAAGUAGUGAGACUUUGUAAUAAUAAUCAAAGACAUAUGGCUCACAUGCAUUGUGCGAUUAGAUGGUAUGAUAGAGAUAGUGUUGACACACAUUGUGUUAGACGUGAAAAAGAAUGUAUGGAAUUAGCAGCACAGAGAAGACAAGAAAGAAUAGCAGUGAAACAGUGA